AUGACUCGAAGUCUUCUGGUCGCCGUCGCGGUCCUGGCCCAGCUAGCUGCUGCGCAACGAAUUGGGUCAAUUCCCGAAGUUCACCCGAAGCUGCAAACAUGGAGAUGCAGCACAAAAGGGGGCUGUGUGAAGCAAGAUACCUCAGUCGUCUUGGAUGCUUUAUCGCACCCACUGCAUCAAGUCGGAAACAGCAGCGUCUCUUGUGGAGACGGGAGUAAUGGAUUAAAUCCAAACCUUUGCUCGACUGAAGAAUCGUGCGCUAAAAACUGCGAGCUGGAUGGAGUCGACUAUGCAUCUCACGGAGUGACUACCAAAGGGGAUAAUCUGAUUCUCCAUCAGUAUUUGAAGUCCAAUGGGGCUAUCUCCUCCGUAUCGCCUCGAGUGUACUUGCUCGACGAAAGUGGGAAGAACUAUGACAUGCUCAAACUCUUGAACCAAGAGCUGAGUUUUGACGUGGAUGUGUCUUCCCUGGUGUGCGGAAUGAAUGGCGCCCUUUACCUCUCGGAGAUGCUCAAAUCUGGUGGUCGGAGCAAGCUCAACCCUGCUGGCGCACAAUAUGGUACAGGAUACUGCGAUGCACAGUGCUUUACGAACAUCCCCUGGAUCAACGGUGUGGCCAACGUUAAUUCGUCUGGUACAUGCUGCAACGAGAUGGAUAUUUGGGAAGCCAAUGCUCGUUCUACUAGCUAUACGCCACACGCCUGCGAUAUCACUGGUCUCUAUGAGUGCAGUGGCGAUGAAUGUGGGGGCAGUGGUGUCUGCGACAAGUCUGGUUGCAGUUUCAACUCAUAUGCACUGGGUGCACACGACUAUUAUGGAUAUCGGAAGAAGGUCGACACUACCAAGCGCUUCACCGUGGUGACACAAUUUGUGACCGAUGACAAUACUUCGCGAGGCACACUGUCACAAAUUCGAAGACUGUAUGUGCAAAAUGGAAAAGUGAUUCAGAAUGCCGUUGUCAACGUAUCCGGCAGCGAGAUCAAUUCAAUCACCGAUGGGUACUGCGCAGAAUCCGCCAGCUUUUUCCAGGAAAAGGGCGGCCUCAAGCAAAUGGGCAAAGCGAUUGGUCGUGGAAUGGUUCUGAUAUUUAGUAUUUGGAAUGACUCCGGAUCCUUCAUGAACUGGUUGGAUAGUGGGAGUGCCGGACCGUGCAAUAGCACCGAAGGUGAUCCCGCACUUAUCCAGGCCCAGCAUCCAGAGACUUCGGUGACUUUUUCGAAUAUCAAGUGGGGAGAUAUUGGAUCUACCUACUCACGUUUGGACAUCGAUAUUGAAUGA